AUGGAGAUCUCUGAAACGUCACACAACGAAUCAGGACCGCCAACUCAAGACAAUGGAACUGUUCAAAUUCCGGCGGAAGAUGAAGUGAACGACGAGGAAUCGAACAUGGAGACUGUGGAUUUAGGAGGGAUGGAUGAUUCAUCGGCUGAAAUUUCGACUCGAAAUGUUUUCAAAAACAUUGACGAUGAGAGUUCCGAACUUCCAUCAACUCCGACUGAAGCUGAUUCGAAUGGAAAACCAGAAGAGAUAGUUGUUCCUUCAUCAGUUCUCUCUUCAGCACCAUCUCAAGAUGUGUCACCUAAUGCAGCUAUCGAAUCACUUCCACCGUUACCAGAAGGAAAAGAGCUCGAACUUGAGCCAGAAGAGCUCACACCAGCUCAAUUUUUCAUCGAGUACGAUUUGACUCAAUCGCCAACUCCUGGAACUCAAAGUCGUCGAGAUAGCUACAAUGCUGCAACUGGAAACAUAUCACGGCGUGGCAGUCUGGCAUCAUUCUCAAAAUCAUUCAACAUCUCUUUUCCAUUCAGUGACGAUGUCACAUCUUCUCUACCACGUCUUCUAUCUAAGACAACACUGAUCCAUUCGAAUGAAGAAGGUGCUGAUGAGACUAUUCAACGGCUUGUCGUUGCUUUGUAUUCGAAUUCUCCAAAUACGGACCGAACUCAAAUUGUUGAUAAUCUCUUUAAUUUACUUGUUGGUGGACAUUUUGAUCAAGAAUCGAAAUUCGUGAUAGAAGAGGCAUCAAAUGUGGAUCAUAUGCUUACACUUCUUUCCCACUGUGAUUGUGAUUUACAGAACGAAAUAUGGAGUCUUUUUUUAGCAGUCAUGAAAAAAAGUAACCGUAAUUUGGAAGCUUGUACGAGAGUCGGGCUAAUAUCAAAAGUACUUGAUUUACUGCCGGAAGCUCCACCGCUGCUUGCAGACCUUCUUGUUCAAAUUAUUGCUGCUUUAGUUGCUUAUUCAAUCAACGUGAAACAAACAAAACACCUUCUUCGAGCUCUGAAAUCUACAAGAGAUCAAUGGCCACCGAAUUCUCUGAAACUGCUACAUGUACUGAAGGAGAUGCCACAACAUGAUAGUGCGGAUGUAUUUUUCUCUUUUCCCGGAAAAGAUCAAUCGGGAAUCAUUCUUCCGCCUAUCAAGACAAUGCCGUACCAACAAGGGUGGACUUUUGCCACUUGGCUUCGAAUGGAGCCAUUGAAUAGUGUCACUUUCGAAAAAGAGCAACCCGUUUUGUACAGUUUCCGAACAUCAAAAGGAAUAGGUUAUUCGUGUCAUUUCACUGGAAAUUGCCUCGUAGUGAAUGUAGAAAAAACGAAAGGAAAAGAGCAAUCAAGAUGUGUACGAGCUGAAUUAGGGGCUAGAAAAUGGCAUCAUAUUGCAAUUGCGCAUUGUUAUUCUCGUUGGGGAAGAAGUGAUAUCAAGUGUUUCAUUGAUGGACAACUUGCAGAAACCAUCGAGUUAUCAUGGGUCGUUACAUCAGCUACAAAUUGGGAUCGUUGCUCUAUCGGAGUAUCUGCUGACGGCACUGCAAACAGUGCCUUCUGUGGUCAAAUGGGUGCAAUGUAUCUUUUCGCCGAAGCGCUUUCUCUGCAGCAGGCUAACUCGCUAUUCUGUCUCGGACCCGCUUACCAGUCAACGUUCAAACACGAUUCUGAAACGAGUCUUCCAGAAGGAUACAAAAAACAUCUAUUCGAUGGACAUCUUCAUUCAUCGCUGGUAUUCGCAUAUUGCCCGAAAAAUUGCCAUGGACAACUGUGCCUCUACACUCCACCUAAAACAGCUGCUAAUACAUAUUUUGUGCAGAUUCCACAUGCUGUAAUGAAAGAGGGCGUGGAAGUAAUCACUACUCAUUCGAUUCAUAAAUCACUUCAGUCUGUCGGAGGAAUUCAAAUUCUUCUCCCACUUUUCGCACAGAUAGAUUUGCCAUCUUCUAGCGAUAACUCAAUAGAUGGUGAAGUUUGUCAAACUCUCCUCUCUCUAAUUUCACUUCUUCUCUCAAGCUCCCAAAGCUCACAACAACAACUAUUUCAUAGCAAAGGAUUUUUGAUCAUUUCAUCAUGCCUUCAAAAGGCGUCACCAUCGCAUUUGUCAAUGAAAGUACUUGAACAACUCAUCCACAUUGCAAAGUUCCUACUCCGAUGCCCUGCUGGUGGACCUCUUCUCAAACAUCUCUUUGAUUAUAUCUUGUUUAAUCCGAAGUUGUGGAUAAGAGCUCGUCCCGAAGUACAAGUUCAUCUCUACCAAUAUCUGGCUUCUGAUUUUUUGGCCAACAACAACUUUUCACAAAUGCUUCGAAGAGUUCCAACUGUAAUUGAGAUGUGUCAUACGCUGAAACAUUUCUACUGGUUGGCACUUCCACAAACAGCUUCUGAUUACACUGUUGAAGAGAGACCAGAGAACUUCGCAACAGCGGAUAUUGUUGCAAUCCGAAGUGCUAUUCUUACCUUCAUAAAUCGGAUCAUCAUUGCUUCAGCUGGUCCAGAAGAGGAAGAGAGAGUACGAGAUCAAGAAGUUCAUACUCUUCUAAAUCUUUUGGCUACUGUAAGAGAAGAUGACAAUUUGUAUGAUGUUCUUGCUCUUGUCACUCGAUUGCUAGCUGAGCAUCCAGCCAUUAUGAUUCCCGCAAUCGAUAAAAACAAAGCACUUGGAAUCAUUUUCAAUCUUCUAGCUGCUCCAAACGAAUUGAUACGCAUUCCGGCUCUCAAAAUUCUCGGAUUCUUCUUAUCAAGGUCGACACUGAAACGAAAAACUGAAUCGAUGGGAAAUCAGAACCUAUUCUCGUUGAUUGGGGAACGUCUUCUAUCUCACAAACGAAUUCUUUCUCUGCCAACUUACAAUGUACUUCUGGAAAUUCUUGUCGAGCAAAUGACCCCAACAUUCACUUACGCGGCUCAUCAGCCAGCACAGCCAGAAUGGAAAUUUGAAAAUCCUCAACUUUUGAAAGUUAUUGCUCACGUCAUCAGCCAAUGUGAAGAGUCGGAAAGCAUUGUUCAAAUCAAGAAGUGUUUCCUCCUUGACAUCAUAAACUUGUGCAAAGACAGCAAAGAAAAUAGAAGAACAAUAUUACAAAUGUCAGUUUGGCAAGAUUGGUUGAUAGGCCUAGCCUAUGUAUUCCAUACGACAGAAUCACAAAAUGAAGUAAGCGAACUUGUCUGGGAAGCAUUCUCAAUUCUUCUACAUCAUGCACUUCGACAUGAAUACGGUGGAUGGAGAGUUUGGGUUGAUACAUUAGCCAUUGCUCAUUCGAAAGUUAGUUUUGAAAGAUUCAAGAAAAAGCUGGCAGAUGCCAAAACAAAAGCAGAGAGAACCGAAACAGGAGGAGAAGAAUCCAAAAUGGAACCUACGCCAGUGUAUAGAGCACCCGAGUUUGCAUGGUCUGAAGUUCAUAUUCGUCUUCUCGCUGACCUUCUCUCAGGAAUCGAAGGAACAGUUGGAGAGUGGAAAACAGCAGACGGAGGAAUUUCAGAUCAGUGUAAUGCAUCAGAGAGUCAAGUAUUCGUUGGAAACGUCGUUCACGUCAUUUCCCAAUUAGCUGACAGUCUUAUCAUGGCCUGUGGUGGAUUGUUGCCACUACUCGCCAGUGCUACAGCUCCAAAUAAUGAUAUGGAAAUUGUGGAUCCUUGUCAGCAACAACUACCGAUUUCUGUUGCUGCCAGUUUCUUGAUGCGAUUCGCUCGUUUAGUUGACACAUUUGUUCUUGCUUCCGGAGUAUCAUUCUCAGAACUUGAACAAGAAAAGAAUAUGCCAGCUGGUGGUGUGCUCCGACAAUCUCUUCGUAUAUCAGCAACUGUCACUGUUCGACAUAUCUUGGCAUCUAGAAUUCAACAACCUGAUACACCGCGAUAUGAAACUAAUUCAACGAAAAAGAAUCAAUGCAUUAUGGAGUUUGUACGUGAAGCUCUCGAAAAUCCGUCUCCUGAAGGACUUGACAAUGUUGAACGAUUGGUACAAGAUUCAGAUAUCACAAGAAUCAAAGGAGUCGUUUAUCGAGACAUGGUUGAAGAAAAUCGUCAAGCUCAAUUCCUUGCGCUCUCUGUUAUUUAUUUGGUGUCUGUUUUAAUGGUAUCACGAUACAGAGACAUUCUAGAACCACCGUCUUCACCGUCUCCAUUCUUUGAUACAACUACUCAAAAACAGGAUAAUCAAGAUAACGAGUCUUUGGAGUCGACCCCAGAAAACGGAGCAAAUGGAAAAUUAGAGAAUGAUGGUGACAACAGCAGCAUCAAGAACGGCACAGUCGAAAAUGAAAACGUAGAAGAAGAAACAGAAGAAAAUAGAGAAGAAGGUCAAGGAGAUGAUGGACGAAUUGCAGCUAUCAAAGUUGCUUCUUCUGGGAUGAAAAAAGAUGGGAAUGAAUAUAAUGAAGAAGAGUUGUCCAAAAUAAAUCAAGCUAAUGGAAGAAGGCCAUCUACUCUAAUGCCAGUUCAACAAACAGCUGAGAGGAGAGCAUACUUGACAACAAAGCUUCAGACGGCACUUGAAACCUGUGCUCCACUUCUAAGAGAAAUGAUGUCGGAUUUCCGUGGUUACCUUCAAAAAACACUUUUAGGAACACAUGGGCAGGAGAUUAUGAAUGAUACGAAAGUUUUGGAAACUCUUCGUAACAGAAAUGCUUCUGUAAUUGAACUUGUUAUGUUGUUGUGUUCACAAGAAUGGCAAACUUCUCUUCAAAAACAUGCUGGUCUGGCAUUCAUCGAACUUGUUAAUGAAGGAAGAUUAAUGGCUCACGCAACUAGAGAUCAUGUGCUUCGUGUUGCCAAUGAAGCUGAUUUCAUUUUGAACAGAUUGAGAGCUGAGGAUGUCGGAAAACAUGCUCAAUUUGAGGCUGAGUCUCGGGACCAAUUGCUUGCUCGCCAUGAAGAAUACGGUCGAUGUGAUCUUCUUAUAGUCUCUGGGCGUCUUCGGGAUUCUCUUAAUGCUGCACGUCUUUUAGAAAAAAUAGGUUCUCAAUUUUGGAAACUUGACGUUUGGGAGGAUGAUAGUCGACGAAGGAAACGUUUCGUACCAAAUCCAUACGGAAGUCGUCACGAUGAAGCGAAUCUUCCCGAGGGUGAAAAGAACGAAGAACCUGAAAUUUCGGAGCAAGAAAAAAUUCGAAAAAUUCUCAAAGGAUUAUUCUCUCAACGACAAACGACAAGUGGUAGCCUGGAACUCGUGGACGAAUCAGACAUUGAUAAAUGGGCUCAAGAAGUAGAUCCAACACCAUCAAGCCAAAGCGCAUGCUUCUCAACGCCUGCGAAGCUCGUUGCUCCUGGUGUUGUUGUUCCUGGAACACUUUCAGUCACCGCAACGGAUUUAUUCUUCGAUGCCAAUGAAUCUGAUCCAAACUACAAAAAACAAUGCGCACAGGUAUGUAUUGAAAAAAUAAUUUAUUAUUUAUGUGAAGAGGAGUCAGGAAUACCAGUAUUGAAUUCGGAAGAAAAUUGA